GUGCUGCCGUAUUUCAAGAAAGCAGAAAAUAACCAAGAUAUUGAAGCUAAUAAUAUUUUUUAUCACUCUAUCAGUGGACCAUUGAACGUUGAGAGAUUUCCUUAUACUGAUAUUAAUACACUUAUGUUAGUGCAAGCUUUCAAAGAAAAAGGUUUACCCGUAACCGAUUUCAAUGGAGAAAAUCAAGUUGGUACGGAUAUAGGGCAGUCGACAUCUAAAGAUGGGCGUAGAAUGUCUACAAAUGUUGCUUACAUAAAACCAAUUAGAGAAAAACGACCAAAUUUAAUAAUAAUUAAUGAAGCUUUUGUUACAAAAAUAGCAAUCGAUCACACAACAAAAUCCGCUAUCGGUGUUCACUAUAUUAAAAAUGGGAUAACUUAUUCUGCAUUUUGUAAAAAAGAAGUAAUACUAAGCUCGGGAUCGAUAAACUCUCCGAAAAUUUUGAUGUUAUCUGGAAUAGGUCCAAGAUAUCAUUUGGAAAAUCUUAAUAUACCUGUUAUUGCCGAUCUCAAAGUGGGUCUAAACCUUCAAGAUCACGUUACGACGAGCGCGUUGGUAUUACAACUUUCCAAUAAAACAUCUACUUUAGUAAGCGGUGAACAGUUGUUGGACGAAGUAUACAAAUAUCAUCAACAAUAUCCAACAAAAUCAGGCCCUCUAUCUGCUACAGGAACUUUAAGCGCCAUAGCUUUUAUAAAAACAGAAUACGCCGCUGAAGAUGCUCCUGAUAUACAAUAUCAUUUUGAUGCACUAAACGUGAAGGAAUUAUAUUCCGAUCCAACAAAUUACUUAUCUGCUAAUAUUUUUCCAUUACCAUUUUACGAUGGACUAGCAGCCCGGCCUUUAUUACUUACUCCUAAAAGUAGAGGCUUUAUAUUACUUAAUCAAACAGACCCAGUAUUUGGUCAACCGCUAAUAUAUCCUAGAUUUUUUACAGUUAAAGAAGACAUGGAUAUGCUAUUAGCCGGAAUGCACUAUGUAGUAAGCUUAGAAAAUACCAAAGCAUUUAAACAAAGUGGUGCAAGCUUUGUGAAAGAUCCAAUUAGAGGAUGUGAAAGUUAUCAAUGGGGUUCAGAUGAAUAUUUUAUUUGCCUUCUAAUGCAAUACACGUCUACUAUAUAUCAUCCCGUAGGCACGUGUAAAAUGGGGCCUGUUUGGGAUAGGGGGAGCGGUAGUGAAUCCGAGAUUAAAAGUUUACGGUGUAGAUAA